AUCAGAUCGAGCCCUCUCUCCACUUUCUCGUGUUGCAGCAACGGUGACCCAGAUCGAGAAGCAUGUUGCAUUACGGAUCUUGACCACUUUCUCCUUCUUUUAUUAAAUCUGAGAAGCAUCAAAUCAAACCCUUCUCUAUCCAAUCCUUGAGAAGCACCGACCUGUGUUGCAGCGACGGCGACCCAGCCCUCUCUCCAUUUUCCGGCUACCUCUCGAUGUCGGACUAGUGUCGUUCGACUCCUCUUAGCGGCGCGAACCGGAGCCCAGUCUUCCUUGCUCCGAACCAGCGGCGACGGUGGCCAAGCUUCUGAAGAAAACGGCGUCAAGUUGAUUUUAAUGGAGUCGAAGUCGCUCUGAGUCCCGAGUAUAGCGCCUUCUCUGAAAUCAUAUGAAUAUGAGGUUGGCGUCGCCGUUUUCUACGAUUGAGAGUUUCGAGUCCGAGUUUGGGACUGAGUCGACUCGGAGACGAGCGACGAGUGAGUCGAGGAAGAGGAAGAGCUUGAGGCCGCGAGUGCGGGUGCGAGUCCAAGACCAGGAGCUGUUGAGAGCAGCUCAAUCCAAGGAACAGAUAGACAAGGAUGGAGCUAAUCCAGAACGAGUCAUGCAAGAGCUUUCUUCAAUUGGUCUAAUGCUGGAGGAUUAUGGUGGUGAUGUCCCAAUAAUCCAGCCUUGUACUUGCAGUUGCAACCCUGGCUUAUUGUGCUGCAUGUUACUGCAUCUGCAACAUGGAGAAGUGGGUAUGGGGAUGAUUGUGGUGGAGGGUAGGUGGUGGGAUUGGGUGUUGUGACAGGUGGAGUAGGAGGUGGUGCAGCAGCAAGUGGUGGUGGUGAGAAGGUGGUUUUGGUGGUGGUGACCUUGAAACUGCUCUCGGCGAGUCCUUGAAUAUCAAAGAAGUUGGAGGAUCAUUGAAUGACAAAUCCGAGGAGGUUUUUGGAUGAUAAGCUUGGUGGUGGUGGUGGAUAGAUUGGUGGUGGUGGUGGUAGUGGUAGUGGCGGUGGAUUUUGGUGUGAAGAAAAGAAAAAACAAACGAAGAGAAUUAAAGAAUGAAUGAGGGAAAAUGCAAGGGGGGUAUAUUGGACAAUUUACAGCUAACGUGGCAUGGAAACUGCUGAGUUGGCGUGGCUCGAGUGCCACGUCAGCAAGUUAACGGUCCAAAUUGACGGAAUGCUAACGGACUGUACCGAUCAGACGAAAAUUGUGACGUUAGAGACUUUUCAGAUUAAUUGAGAAUGUCAGGGACUGAAACGAAAAAGGGGUCAUAGUAUAGGGACUAAACAUAAUUUAAUCCUUUUAUUUUUUAGUACAAUUUAUUUCAA